UGCUGAGGCAGGCCGUUCCUUUCGGCUAUUCCGUCUCUUCCUACUGGCUCCACUAAUGUUGGGGUUUUGAUCUUUUUCCCAGCGGCCCGCAGCCAUUGUGGUUUGGCCACCAGGGGGCCUGUGGCCCAACAAAGGAUGACUGGAGUGAAUUACUGGGGGAAACGGUUUUUAUCCUGCCCAAAGAUCUGAGGGAAUGCAGAACAGAAGUGACGCCGAUAGAGGCAGACUGAAGCCCCUCUCUGCCUUGGCUCGAUCCUCGCGGAGGCUUCAGGAGACCCACCGCCCGCCCCUCGCCAUACUCCAGGUCCAAGUGCGGGGGCUUUCUCCCCCUUUCCUCACAGCUUGCAGUGCCAUCUCCAUUCACUUGGUGAGUCGCUUUCUUUCUCGUGCCUCUUUUCCCCCCCAUCUGUGCAAAAAAGAAGAAUGUCUUUGCCUUGGACAAUUGUGCUUUGGCUGGUUUUCCUGCAGCCUCUGGAGUCCACAGUGAAGGAAGGGGCUGCCCUGUUUAGCAGAGAGCCCAGGAAGGAGCAAAGGGCAGGAGAGGGUCACUUAAGAAGGUACGUCGUCUCCAAAGAUGCACCGUUGGAGACACUUGGAGAACUCGGCCGGGUGGGGAGGUCGGGGUCUGUUGGCAAUGACAGGGGACGACAGUUCUCAGAAGACCAGUUGAGGUGGAGAAGGGCCCGCAGGGGGACGAAGGAUGACAGCUCCAAGCCGGCCCAACAGUACAUUCCAGGAGUGAAAGUGGAGUAUCCUCGGCCCGUGAACCCUGCCAGCCUACGGCCAACCAAGGCCCUGGUGCCGUCCAGCACAGAUCCAUCGGAACACCACCAAAGGAGCCCGGGGGUCCACGGGGGCACAGAGCCCCAGGACAAUAUGACGGUGGCAUUGGGAAAGCGCCCUCAGAUCCAGAACCCUCUGUACCCGGUGACAGAGAGCUCCUACAGUGCCUAUGCGGUCAUGUUCUUGUCCCUCAUUGUCUUUGCCGUGGGCAUCAUUGGGAACCUCUCUGUGAUGUGCAUCGUCUGGCACAACUACUACAUGAAAAGCGCCUGGAACUCCAUCUUGGCCAGCCUAGCCUUCUGGGACUUCCUCAUCCUCUUCUUCUGCCUGCCAGUGGUCAUCUUCAAUGAGAUCACCAAGAAGAGGCUGCUGGGGAACAUCUCCUGCCGCGUUGUGCCCUUCAUGGAGGUGUCUUCCUUGGGAGUAACCACCUUCAGCCUCUGUGCCUUGGGCAUCGACCGAUUCCACGCAGCUACCAGCCCUCAAGCCAAACUCCGUCCCAUUGAGCACUGCCAUUCUAUCAUUGCCAAGCUGGCUGUCAUCUGGGUGGGUUCCAUGACCCUCUCUACACCAGAGAUCCUCCUCUGGCAGCUGGCACAGGACACCUCCCCAGUCUCCGGCGUCGUGAGCGACUACUGCACCAUGAAACCUUCACAGGAGCUGCCGGAAUCAAUUUACUCGCUAGUCCUCACUUACCAGAAUGCCAGGAUGUGGUGGUACUUUGGAUGCUACUUCUGCUUGCCCAUCCUCUUCACUGUCAGCUGCCAGCUGGUCACUAGGAGGAUCAGCAGCCCAGACAAGUCCGAGUGCCGCAGCGGGAAGCACGGGCAGUGUGAGAGCCAGCUCAACUGCACUGUCAUUGGCCUGACGGUGAUUUACGCGCUCUGCACUAUCCCGGAGAACGUCAGCAAUAUAGUCAUAGCCUACCUGUCUCCUGACAUGGCAAAGCAGACCCUGGACCUGCUAAACCUCGUCAACCAGUUCUUCUUGUUCUUCAAGUGCUCAGUGACUCCGGUGCUGCUGCUGUGCCUCUGCAAACCAUUGGGCCAGGCCUUCAUGGACUGCUGCUGCUGCUGCUGCGAGGAGUGCGGUCAGGAAGCCUCCUCCAGCGACGGCGGCUCCAACAGCAAGCUGAAAACGGAGAUGUCCUCUUCCAUCUUCUUUGACAAGCCUCAGGAGACGCCUCCCCCUGUGGAGCCCAUCGGCACCCCAUGCUGAGCUCCAUCGGCCCAACGGGGGAGCAUUAGCAGUUCUUCCACCAGCUUCUCCCAAGACCAAAAGUCGUCUUCUCUCUCUCUCUCUCUCUCUCUCUUUAGUAUUGAUUGGUGAAGUGGCUGGACAGUGGAGAUGGAACAAGUGUUGCCCAUGUGCUUCUUCCUGCCAACGCCCACUUCAGCAAGAGUGACUUGGUGAUGAAGCCUCACCUCCAUCUCUCUCUCCUCCCUGCUGAAUGUUACGAAGGGUGUGAACAUCUCCAAAACACAAACAAACAAUCCCAGACCCCAGGCAGGAGCAGAGAGGCAGCUCCUGCCCUGAAUGAGGGAGAUGCUGAGGAAGGUUGCACUUGCAGCCCCCUCAAGGACUGACCAAUCACAGUGUUUUAGAGAGGAUAUAGUACAAAUUAACCUAUUCUGCGCUCAUGCAGGAUCUUACUGUCCACUUCUCCACUCCAGCCCCAGAGACAGACUCAUAUACAAGAUAAGCACUAUCCUAGCCUCAAUAAACCAAUACACUAGAUAGAAAAAAAAAGUUUCCUAUGACAACAUUUCUUUUAAAGUGUUUUAGAACAGCUAGUUGUUCUGUAAACAUCUUUCAGGAGCCCAAAGUAUAUCU